UGCUACUAUUUUUAUUCACUAGAUUUAUCAUUUUCCUUUUAUUUAAAAGAAUAAAACUUAACAUUAAAAAUUUUUUAACCUUAUUUUACCACCCGGAAAAAAAUAAUAAUAAAUCCUCUAAUCAAGAUGAUAUCUUCAAAUUUUUCAUUGGGUGUUUUUCUCCUUUAUUACAAUUUGUUAAUCAAUCCUGUACUUGAAAGGUUUGAGUUUUGGAGGAGUUGGUAGAACAAACGAUGAAGUGAUGGAGAAAUGGAUAUCUUCACUCUAUCCUCGACCGCACACUACCCAACCCACACUCCUCAGCCGUUCCCCGCCACCAUGCUCGCCGCCGUGAGACCCCACCACUCUCACCGCCCCACCGUCUUCUCCCUCAAACAAUCUUCAGACCCACCUGAUGACACCCCUUCAUCGACCAGUCUCCGGCGACCUGCCACCCAUAAACCUCCCAAAACCCCCAUCACCUCAACUGACAACUCUAAACUCCGCAAGAAAAAUCCCCUCAAAGACCUUUUGCUUACCCAGAACAGUACUACCCCAGCUCCCGUGACGGUCCCAUCUCUACCGCUUCAUACUCUCACCAGUAAGCUUAGGCUAUCCAGCAAACUCUCUCCACCCCCGCCAGUAAUCCCCGAAGAAAUUCCAUCUGGAGAUACUGACAUUUUAGAAGGUUCUGAAAUUUCCGUGGAAAAUGAGGAUAAUGGGCAGCUGAGGAAUGAUUUUGUGGAGAAGGGCAAGAUUUUUGUUGGGAAUCUUCCUUUAUGGAUAAAGAAAAAUGAAGUGGCCGAGUUUUUCAGGCAAUUUGGACCGAUAGAAAACGUAAUUUUGAUAAAGGGGUAUAAUGAGACUGACCGGAAUAUGGGAUUUGGGUUCGUAAUUUACGGAGGCCCCACAGCUGAGAAGGCUGCAAUGAAGGCUGUAGAAUUUGAUGGAGUUGAGUUUCAUGGGAGGGUCUUGACUGUGAAGUUGGAUAAUGGCAGGAGAUUGAAGGAGAAGACGGAGGAGAGGAUAAGAUGGGUUGAGGGGAAGGUGGAUGGAAAGGUGCAUAAGUCCAAUUGGCAUCAAGAGAGGGAAGGGUCCAGGAUGGAGUUGAGGAAGGUUAUCGAGUCUCAUCCGGAGAAUUGGCAGGCUGUUGUGACAGCUUUCGAGAAGAUUAAGAAGCCUUCCAGGAGAGAGUUCGGAUUAAUGAUCAAGUAUUACGCAAGACGGGGAGAUGUUCAUCGAGCACGUGAAACUUUUGAGAGAAUGCGCACUCGAGGAAUAGAGCCAUCUUCACAUGUAUUUACGAGCCUAGUUCAUGCUUACGCAGUUGGUAGAGACAUGGACGAAGCGCUAUCUUGUGUGCGCAAAAUGAAAGAUGAAGGAGUUGAAACAACGUUGGUCACCUACAGUAUUCUUGUCGGAGGAUUUGCAAAAGUAGGAAAAAUUGAUGAUGCAGAGUUUUGGUUCAAGGAGGCUAAACAAAGAUUUGGAACCUUGAAUGCCAUUAUCUAUGGGAACAUUAUUUAUGCUUAUUGUCAAAGUGGUGACAUGGAACGUGCUGAAGCAUUGGUCAGGGAGAUGGAAGAAGAUGGUAUUGAUGCCCCGAUUGGCAUUUAUCAUACAAUGAUGGAUGGCUAUACCAUGAUUGGGAAUGAGCAUAAAUGUUUGACUGUCUUUGAGAGGCUAAAGGAAUGCGGCUUUACACCUUCAGUAAUCAGCUAUGGCUGUCUUAUAAAUCUUUAUGUUAAGGUUGGUAAAGUUUCAAAGGCUUUGGAAGUCAGUGAAAUGAUGAAAUCGGGUCAUAUAAAGCACAAUAUGAAGACUUAUUCUAUGUUGAUAAAUGGAUUUAUUCAAUUGGAGGACUGGUCAAAUGCUUUCGCAAUUUAUGAAGAUGUAAUUAGAGAUGGAUUAAGGCCAGAUGUAAUCCUCUACAACAAUAUUAUUAGGGCAUUCUGUGGCAUGGGCAACAUGGAUCGUGCCCUUUGUACUGUCGAGGAAAUGAAAAGAGAGAGACACAGACCAACAUCACGUACAUUUAUGCCCAUAAUACAUGCUUUUGCCCGGAGAGGAGAUAUGAGAAGAGCUCUUGAUGUUUUUGAUAUGAUGAGGAUGAGUGGAUGUAUUCCAACGGUGCAUACAUUUAACGCUUUGCUUGUCGGACUUGUGGAGAAGCGUCAGAUGGACAAGGCUGUGGAAACUUUAGAUGAGAUGAUACUUGCAGGCAUUAGUCCAAAUGAGCAUACAUACACUACUAUAAUGCAUGGCUAUGCAUCCGUUGGUGAUAUUGGAAAAGCUUUUGAGUACUUUUCGAAGUUAAAAGAGGAGGGUUUGAAGCUUGAUGUUUUUACAUACGAGGCAUUACUCAAGGCAUGUUGCAAAUCAGGGAGAAUGCAGAGUGCUUUAGCAGUUACAAAAGAGAUGAGUCAACAAGGAAUUUCUCGGAACACUUUUGUCUAUAACAUAUUGAUUGAUGGAUGGGCUCGAAGAGGGGAUGUUUGGGAGGCUGCUGACUUGAUGCAACAGAUGAAGACAGAGGGAGUUCAACCCGACAUCCAUACUUACACAUCUUUCAUAAAUGCUUGUUGUAAAGCUGGGGACAUGACGAGAGCAACGGAUGCCAUUGAAGAGAUGGAAGCCCUCAGGAUUAUGCCUAAUGUAAAGACAUACACAACACUCAUAAAGGGCUGGGCGCGCGCCUCUCGUCCAGAGAGAGCACUAAAAUGUUUUGAAGACAUGAAGCAGAAUGGUCUCAAGCCAGACAAAGCUGUGUACCAUUGUUUAAUGACAUCACUUCUUUCCAGGGCCACUAUGACCGAAGAAUACAUUCACACCGGUAUCCUCAGCAUCUGCGCGGAGAUGGUUGAAUCUGCAAUAACCGUUGACAUGGGAACCGCAGUUCAUUGGUCGACAUGUUUACACAAGAUUGAAAGGUUUGGUGGGGAGAUCACUGAAGCCUUACAGAAGACAUUUCCCCCUGAUUGGAAUUCACAUAAAGUUCUUAAUACCAUUUCAGAUGGUAAUGACAAUAAUUAUUAUGAACUUGAUAAUGCUGUUAAUGAUGAUACGGACUCUGACGUUAAUAGUGAUACUGAGGAUGACUUUAGCUUUGAUGAUAGAUCAUAGUUUGGCGGAACCUAUUUGGCUUUAUUCCCAUUUGAAUUUGACGGGAAACAGGAGAGGGGUAGGUGACUCGGUGGUGUGGAAUCAUCCAUCACUGAUGUAAGGUGUUUGUGAUUACUAAGAUGAUUAAAACGUGUAAAUUUUCCAUGGGUUAAUUCAAUCUUCAGGAUUGGAGUCUAGUCUCCAUGCUAUCGAGCCAGCCUUGAUUAAAGAGGAAGAAAGGAAGAGCUUAUGCACAAGCAGCUCAGGAUUUUCUCAGUAGACCUUUCAGAAGAAUCGAGUGAAUGCUUAUAUCGUGAAGGAAACAUAUUUAUUGUGUAUAUUGAUUGCUUGAAGCAGUAUUUCCUAGUGCUUAUGUCGACAAAUGAAUUUGUCGAUUAAACCUUCUUAGCUGAAUCACAGAGCAUUGCCCGUAGCAUUUGGUUUCCUAGUAUAUGAUCGCAAGUGUCAUGAUCCAUUGUCUAAGAUUUGGCAUUUAAUACACUUAAUAAUAAAUAAUGCAUUAUGGUGUACUAUUCUCAUCGACAAUACUUUCGAUUCUUAUCAGGAGUUAUGAACAAUUCUACUACUUCUCCC